CAGUUUUCAGUUUUCUACGGCUUUUUGGCUUAGAAAAAGGUUGCGCGAGAGAGAGAGAGAUUGUCGAGUGAGUGACAAUGACGAAUUGCACAGAGGAAAACAACUUGAGUUCAUCUUCAACAACACCUACUGAGGUGCCUGAAGAUUCUUCUGUUUUUGACAAUUUCACUUCAAUGAAUCUUGAACUUUCUAAUAUCAAUGAAGAAGACAUGAGGAUUCUAAGAAGGGUCAGAAUUACAAGUCCACCAAAUAUUUGUAUGACGAAUGAGGUUGAUGAUCACAGUAUUUCUGGAGAUGAGAAAGAAGAUACUUCAGUUUCAAAUCAAGUCGAUCCGGAUGAGGUUAAUCUACCGAUUGUAAAAUGUCCUGUAUGUGAUUUCAACAUUGAAGUUUCAACUGACCGUUCAGUAGAUUAUGAUGCAUAUAAUAUGAAUUGUCCUGUGUGUGAUGAAAGCUUAGGGGAGGAUGCAAUCAGGAUGGUUCAGAACACAAGCUUCCCAAUCUCACAGAAGGUAUCUGUAAAUUAUCUUGUGAUUCUUAUCUAACCCAAUAUAACGAUGUAUGCUUUCUACAUAGUGGAUUUGGAAACCUCGGAAAAAAAACGGCGUACAAAAUGUUCAUUGGGAAGUGCAUGGCAAGAAAGAUGCUUCUAGGGAACACAACAAACAUGAACAAAUGCCUGAUUCAAUUUCGCCAGCGUUUAGGGAGAAUGUGUAUCUUCAAAGCUUGAAUUAUAUACUUUCAGAUGAAGAAGAUACCAUCAGCAAUGCCUCAGAUGAUGUCGUUGCAAACGACACAUCCAUUGCAAAAAGCAUUGGGACAGAUGCAACGGAUACCAGGGAUGAAUUGGAUGUCCAAGAGAGAAGAAAGAGAGCUACUUUUUCUCAGGAAUUGCUUAUGUCAACUUUGUUCUUAGAAUAGUAGAAUAGAUAGACGCAUUUGCGAGGAACUGCUUUAUUAAUUAUAUCUUCAGAUACUUUUGAUGAUGCUUGUAAAAUGAGGCAUUGUGUUUUUCUUUUUCUGUUGCAAUACCAACAGAAAAAUAUUCACUUUUGAGGUACUAAAUGACUUUUUCUUCAUGAGUGAGAUACUGAAAUUAGCUUCUCAGAUUUU